AUGGCCACGUGCGACGCGAGGUACAGGUUCACCACAGUGGAUGUUGGAGCAUAUGGUCGGGAGAGUGACGGGGGAGUAUUCAGGGAGAGCGUCUUCGGAUCCAUGCUGCUGAACCACGAGGCCAACCUCCCCCCGCCAGCUAUUCUUCCUGGGACAACAGUCCAGUUGCCCCACGUCCUCGUCGGUGAUGCUGCCUUCCCUCUCCACAACAAUCUGAUCCGGCCAUACCCUGAGAAAGCCACAACAAUUGUGAAGGCCUGUGUGGUGCUACACAACUACCUCACCUACACUGAUGAGGGCAACACUGAACCCUGCCGCUACAUAACGCCCUCAUUUGUUGAUGUGGACACAGUGGGACAGCUACAAGAGGAGCGCAGUUACGCCGCUGCGGGACAGGCAAGUCGAGUUCAGCUCGAUGGGAAAAGGAUCGGGCAGCUGUCCGGGCAGCGAGCUCCAACCUGCGCCUGGGUUGAAGUUGUGGGCCCCUGGAUCGCGCAGGGGAGUGGGCCGCGCUCCAAGACGCGGCCCACUGGCCCAGAGAAAGUUUCAAAAAGAGUUCCCAAAAGUGCCUGCAUCUCUUGCAUCCACCACGUCUGUCCGUCGAAAGUCUUCCUCUUCACUGAGGAGCGUGGUGGCCUGAGCGAAGACGUGGGGGGCGGAGAUUGUAUGGGUGUACUGCUCCGUGUAGGCUCACCCACCCGCUCAGAGCCGUCGUCAUUCCCUUCCAAAGAGCUGGUGGCCGGUCCCCACAAGGAGCUGGUGGAGGGUCCUGCCAAGGAGCUGGUGGAGGGUCCUGCCAAGGAGCUGACGGAGGGUCCCCUUGAAAAGCUGGUGGAGGGUAACGUGGAGGAGCUGGUGGACAGUGCAUCUAUGCCAUGGGGAAGUGAGCUGGUGGUUGACGGGGGCGUGGCUGGCACAUGCAGCAAUCAGGCACACCUGGACUUGAUUAGGAACCAGCCUACAAACACUCUGCUCAGUCCUCUCCACACUGCCAGAUAA